ACAAGCUUGGCAGCGGUUAACUUUAGACUUCUAUAUAUAUACACACGCGCGCAUGGGCAGUGUGCGAGCAAGUUGCGAUCACCGCCCGUGAGUGAUGUGACUGCAGUUUGCGUGGCUCAGAAAACAGACGUACUGUGGAGAGGUGAACCAGCCUCCCCGUCAGUGUCAGAGCAGCGGCACCGGUAAUAGAGAGCAGCAGUGGUAAGCGCAGCAGCAGCAUCAUCAGCAGCAUCAGCAGCAGCCGCUUCACAGCGAUCGAUGGCGUCAAUUCAUCUGGUUACUGUGCUGGCAACAGCUUUCUUCGCUCUGCAUGGUCCGCUGCAGCCGCAGCUUCUGGAGGCGGAGGCGAGGCAGGCGCGGCAGGCGGACUGCCCUUCCCCGUGCCGGUGCCCCGCGGGCGUCGCCCCCUCGCGGUGCCCCGGGGGCGCGGCUCCCGUGCGCGACGCGUGCGGCUGCUGCGAGGUGUGCCCGAGGCUGCGCGGGCAACCGUGCGGCGAGGGCGCCGUGUGCGACCAGCGAGCCGGCCUCGUUUGUCGCUACCGCCAGCAGCACCACCACCAGCAGCAGCAGCGUCGGCACGAGUCCGGUAGAAGGGGUGGCACGGGCGUGUGCGUAGGUCGCCGUGAUUCUGGCACUGCCGUGGUGGCACCGCCGCUGUCACAGCCACCACCUCCCGCACGGUCGUGCGAAUUCGGUGGGGUGCUGUAUCGCGACGGCGAGAGGUUCCACAUGGGCUGCGAGCAGUACUGCUCGUGCCGUGCCGGCGGCCUGGCCUGCGUGCCCGCCUGCCCCCAGUCCGAGAUGCUGCCCUCGCCCAGCUGCCCCGAGCCGCGGCGCGUGCCGCCCACGCCGGGGAAGUGCUGCCACGAGUGGGUGUGUGGCCAGCCAGAGGCGGCGGGCGCCGGCAAGCGGACCAGGGAGGUGCUCGGAGGGCACGACGCGAUGGCCGGUCGCCGUGACUCAGGCACUGCCGUGGUGGUGGCGGCGCCGCAGCCGCCGCCGCGGCCACAGCCACCGUCACCACCUCCGGCGCGGUCGUGCGAAUUCGGCGGGGUGCUGUACCGCGACGGCGAGAAAUUUCGCGUGAGCUGCGUGCUGCACUGCUCGUGCCGCGCCGGCACCCUGGCCUGCGUGCCCGCCUGCCCCCAGUCCGUGCUGCUGCCGUCGCCCAGCUGCCCCGAGCCGCGGCGCGUGCCGCCCCCGCCUGGGGAGUGCUGCGAGAAGUGGGUGUGUGGGCAGCCAGAGGAGGCGGGCGCCAGCAUUCGGGCCAGGGAGGCGCUCGGAGGGCACGACGCGAUGGCCGGUCGCCGUGUCUCUGGCACUGCCAUGGUGGCGCCGCGGCCACCACAACCACCGCCACCACCUCCCGCGCGGUCGUGCGAAUUCGGUGGGGUGCUGUACCGGGACGGCGAGAGGUUCCACAUGGGCUGCGAGCAGUACUGCUCGUGCCGUGCCGGCGGCCUGGCCUGCGUGCCCGCCUGCCCCCAGUCCGAGAUGCUGCCCUCGCCCAGCUGCCCCGAGCCGCGGCGCGUGCCGCCCACGCCGGGGAAGUGCUGCCACGAGUGGGUGUGUGGCCAGCCAGAGGCGGCGGGCACCGGCAAACGGACCAGGGAGGUGCUCGGAGGGCACGACGCGAUGGCCGCGUUUCGCCAGGAGGACACAAUGAUGGUAGUGGUGGUGCCACCGGGGGGGUCAUCAUCAUCCGGCUCCGAGGCUGCUGCUGCUGGGGAACCAGCUGGGGGAGCGGCGGCGGCCGGGCCCCCCUUCACGUGCAAGAUGGGCGACUCGAGCGAGUGGAGUGCCUGCUCGCGGAGCUGCGGGGCGGGCAUCUCCACGCGCGUCUCCACCGAGAAUCCGCGCUGCCGCAUGGAGCGGCAGUCGCGCGCUUGCGUCGUGCGGCCCUGUGACCUGCCCGUCCCUCCGCCGAGAAAGCCGGGCAAGCGCUGCACUCGCACUUUCCGCGCACCGUCGCCCGUGCGUCUGCGGGACCCGGCGGGGCCCGGCGGGGCCGCAUGCACCUCGCUGCGCCGCUACCGCCCGCGCUACUGCGGCGGCUGCUCGGACGGCCGCUGCUGCACCCCGCACCGCACGCUGACACGGGCCGUGCGCAUGCGGUGCGCGGGCGACCGCGUGACCCUCAGGGACGUCAUGGUGGUGCGCACGUGCGCCUGCCACCGACACUGCCCCGACGACGACGGUGACGACGACGCGGGCAACAAUGGUAACGAGGUGUGAUGGUCAUCACGGUGGUGGUGGGGGUGCUGGUGGUGGUCAUCGUAAUUGUGGUGGUGAGUGAUGAUGAUGACACCAUUGUGAUUGACAAAGGUGAUAGUGAUGAAGACACAAUUAAGCCAGUGAUGAUCACACGAUUAUCAUGGUGACAUUGAUAAAGAUGCAGAUGACAAAUGGGACCAUGAUGAUAACACAGGUAUUUAAUCAUGAUGGUGAUGAUAAAAUCAUGACACCUGACAGUGGCACUAUGAUAAUGACCACCACCACGCCAAUGUAUUGAAACACACCACUACAUCGUGAUAAUCGAAGAAAAAUAACAGUCAUGAUAACGAUAAUACAAUGAUGAUGAAUAUAACAUGGCAAUGACAUGAUGAUAAAAAUGACUAUGGUGAUGAUACCACGAUGUUGAUAAUGACGAUGAUCAUAAUGAUGGGAGUGAAGAUCACACGUUACAGACAAUAUUUACUCCACAAUAAAAACUCGCAGACACCACUUGCAUCACGUUAACACCAUAGUGGCAUUAAGACCAUGAUUACAGCACCACCUCAACCGCCUCACCCACCACUGUCACCAUGACACCACACCUACACAACCAGCAGUACAUCUACACAACCACCACCACACCUACACGACCACACCGACACAACCACGACCACACCUACACAACCACCACCAGAGUAACGCCACACCUACCCCACCUCACUACCACCAGUGACACCACCACUACAUCUACACAACCACCACAGUGACACCACGACUACUGCAUCAAUGUCGCAACGUCAUCGAUGACAUUUUCGACCUUUUUUAACGAAACGUUCUAUAGGCUUUGUAUCAAUAAUUAUGUGACUGAUCCAACUCAAUGUAACCAUACACGGUAGUUGGUAUGUACUUAGACCUAACGAUAGAGCUCUCCGUAGCCGCAUUCCACUAUACACGGCUGAGAUUUAAUGUUUGCACUUAACUAGAGAAGAAGUCUGACAUCUCCGAUGAUUUAUCAUCUGAGUUCCUCUCUCUCUGCAACUUUCCCUUCUCCCGCAAUAGUAACUGCUACCCCAGUGUAAAUACACAUUUUGUAUAUAAAGACCUGAUACUAAUUUAUGUAACUGCUCCAUUUCUAUCCCUGUGUAUAGAUUGUGUGAAGUAUUUUUUUUAUUUUUACAUUUAAACGCCUUGCAGUUACAUGGUGCAUCUUUGUCUCUGGCAGUUAUAUUUUCAUUCAUAGGUCACCUCGUCCCUUGAGAUGGAAUAUCUCGUUUGCAAGGGUGUCAAGGCAUUUAGCAAACACGUAUUUAACAUUAGAACCUACAUAAACAUGAGCAGUCUUUAUUUGUUGGGGCAUUUUUUGAAUAAUUAUAGAAGGAUUAAGGUAGGCCCCAGGGGAUUCCACUCUGCCCUCUUGCCUAGAUGCCCCCCUCUAAAAGCCGACGGAAUGUAGGCAAGGAAGUGUGGCCAGCUCGGGCUUUUGAAUCGAAAACAACUGAGGAGUUGCGAAACAAGAGCACUGUAAUGUAACAUUAAAAAAAACAAAUAAACAUUCACAAAAUAAACAAUGCCGUGCAUGUGUGCGUACAGCAACUACAUUCCAACUAACGUGCAGCCCUUCCUCAAUCCACGAGUGGAUGAAGGCCUCCCCUAUGCCAUAUCAGUUGUGGGAAGAUUUGGUCACUGGUUCAGAUAGCAAACGCUUCACUGAUGUCAGCCCGUGACUACGAAUCUAAAGUCGAUCCCUCUAUAAAAUUACAUUUUGUACAAAAAAAUCUCCGCAGGCAUUUGCUUUAUGCGUGUUUUUUAGGGCUGCAAGUAAUUUUUGCCUCCAAAAGGUAUCUUUGACGAUGAUGUUAGAUCCCAUCGUGACAUUGCUCUAGCCGGGCGCAGGCAGAGAGCAGCUGUUUGCGAACGCCUGCUUUCCCGUCUGCAGGCAUAUCACAAACUGGGUGCACUCGUUAGUACUUCACACGCACACGGCAACCCUGCACCAUUCACGCACAUUCCUCUCUUAACUUCAUCUUAAAGACGUGUUCUUUUGUUCGUUUUGUUGUUGUUGUUUCGUAAACAAACAUUACAAAAAUAAAACCCAAGAUAUUUUACAAA